AUGUCACUUAAAGGAAAAGUUUACGCGCUGACUGGCGGUGCAAGCGGAAUCGGCUUCGCAACAGCCAAAGUUCUUUCACAACGCGGGGCUACUGUGAGCAUCGCCGACAUUGACCCCGAUGCCAUGUCAACUGCUACAGCAUACUUUGAGGAGCAGGGCAUCGAGGCGCUAGUUUCUCGUGUCGACGUCUCACAGCGGCCCCAAGUUGAAGACUGGCUAGACGCUACUGUUGAGAAAUAUGGGAGACUCGACGGGGCAGCUAACGUGGCUGGCAUCAUUGGGAAGCACCACGGUCUUCGUGCCGUAGCGGAACUUGAGGAUGAAGAAUGGCAUAAGAUCAUCGCUGUGAACUUGACAGGAACAAUGUAUUGUCUACGGGCACAGCUCAACAGGAUAGUAGACGGAGGCUCCAUCGUCAACGUUGCUUCUAUUCAUGGCAUCAAGGGCAGGUUGCAAACUGCACAUAGAUUUGCCAAGCACGGCGCCUAUGACGCCAGCAAACAUGGAAUAGUUGGGUUGACAAGAGCGGCAGCAAAGGAGAACGGCCACCGAGAAGUGCGAGUCAACGCUGUUGCUCCUGGAGCUAUAUAUACCCCAUUGAUGAAGAAGGCAUGGGAUAUGCACAACCGACCAGACGACGCCGCUUUCGACGAGCCAACUGCCUUCCAGCGCCAAGCUUUCCUCCUCGGCCCUGAGAGUACCUUUAUUCUUGUAAAGGGCAAUGGCUCUGUGGUUGCUGCUUCGAACGAACAAGUCCACGAACCAGGCGUUCUCAGCAUCAGCUGCAACUUCCAGCUGAUCAGUCAAGAUCUUUGCAAUGCCAGAUCUUCUAGCUUCCGGGGCAACAGUGAGCGCCGUUAUGUGAGCGUGCCAUGGAUAAAUCCCACUAUAUCCAACAAUGUUCCCAUCCAUGUCCUCACAAACUUGAAAGAGGGAUGGCCAUUUGGCAUGGUAUUGGAGGUAGAAAUUGAGCUCAAUGGCUGUACGAAGCUGGAGUUUGUCUGUCUUAAGCCAAACAAGUAA